CACACGUGCGCGCAGUGACCGUCCCGAGCCAAGCGCGAGUACAGCGGAGAGCGCGCACCGCGUCUCCUGGACUUCUAAAACAAAAACAAACAGACGUACAAAAGACACAAAAAAACGGAGAAAUGGGACUCGAAAAGGAGAAAGCGGAGACGUGUGUCUUUAUGGACGAAGAUGUGUUUCACAGCACGAUCGAACCCAUACUUAAAAAAAAGAAAGAGAAAGCGCGCGCGCCGCUACCGGACCGGGACCCUCGAGACAUUAACCCGCACUUAAAGGUCAACUUCGAGGACGUGAUUGGAGAACCCAGCUCCACGCACAGCCUGGACUCGGUGUGGAUCGGCAGCCAUGCUCUUUUUGAGCUCAUAAAGUUUGUCUUUUACCGGAUCCUGACGACGCUGCUGGCGAUCCCGAUGGCCUUCGUGGCAGGCCUCAUUUUUGCUAUCCUGAGCUGCGUACAUAUUUGGAUGGUGAGGCCUCUGGUGCACAGCUGUCUGAUGACGUUACCCUGCGUCCAGGUGAUCUGGUCCAGCCUGAUGGACACGUUUGUGAGGCCGGUGUUCCGCAGCGCCGGCGCGUUUCUGUCCAAAAUCAGCAUCAAGAGCUGCAAAAGCGAUGCUCUUUAAUCAACCUGCACGUGUGUACAAUCCUUAUGAUGCGUUUCUGUGUUUUUGGAGGAGAUCCCAGACCUGAUCAAUCACACCUCUUCACGCUCAGCCCCAUCACGUGUGUUUGCUUUGGCCUGGGAUCAAACGUACACACAGACGACGGAACGUCUGAGCGUCUGCGCGGUGCCAGGAAGUUAGCGUUUAGACACUUUAUCGUCAAAUUUGUGACUCCUAGUGGACAGUCUCAUUAGGUAAAAAAUGAGUUUUAAAUCUAUAUUUAAUAUAAAUACAUGUUUAAGCUUUUUAUACUGUAUAUCAUAAGAGUUUUGAAAUGAUUUUGAUGAAAAAAAACCAGUGUAGUGCAGACUACUUCCUGCUUCCUGUCUAAAUUUGUGUUUAUGCUUACGCCACAGCGUUCUCUAAUCUGAUUGGUCCAAAGGUGUUGAUGACGUUUUCUUGUUAAUGCGCUCUGAUAUUGUUUCUAUAGUAACAGCUCAUUCACUCACAUGUUUAUUUAAUAUUUAAGGAAGGAGUCUUCAGUGUCGAAUCUGUAACAGCUUCAUUCUUUUUUACCUCAUUACCUUGAAGAAAGAGGAAUAAACAGAGCCUGGUGAAGGAACGACCGUUUAUAAACCAUUUAUAACACAACAUAUUCGCAGUACUCAAUACAAAUAUAGACUUUUUGUCAUAUUUCUGAAAUGAAUGGUCACAUGAUCCUCCUAACAUUCUAAAAGAAUUGGUGUAAUGAUUUAUUUGAAUGAAUAAUGAGUACUGUAUUGUGUCUUCCAGGCUGUUUGCCUUGUAAAUGUGUUCUUAAAAUGCUGCCUGCUCUCCACCGUGUGUGUGUGUGUGUGUGUGUGUGUCUCAAAAGCCUCUCAGAAAGAAAGGAUGUCUUGUUUGUGCAGUGGAACACGAAGCGUUCAGGUGUACUUUUUUUUCCAUUCUCCACCCUUUUCAAUGAUGUAAUGUAGCAACAAUCUGCAGCGCAGCAGAGAGAGAAAACCUCAGAGAGAACCUCAGAGAGUCUUUGAGAACUUCAGAGAGCCUCAAAGAGAACCUAAGAGAGAACCUCAGAGAUCCUUAAAGAGUGCAACAGACAGAACCUAGGAGAGCCUCAAAAAGAACCUCGAAGAGCCUCAGAGAGCCUCAAAGACAACCUAAGAGAGAACCCCAGAGAGCCUCUGAGAGCCUCAAAGAGCCUCAACGAGCAAGAGGCCUAACGGAGAACCUCAGAGAGCCUUAAAGAGAGCCUCAGACUGACCUAAGAGUGAACCAUAGAGAGAAACUUAAAGAGAACCAAAGAGCGAAACCCCGAGAGCCUUAAAAAGAACCUUAGAGAGCCUCAGAGAGAGCCUCAGAUUAUCCCUGUUCACUAAAUAAAAUGUUUUUUAUUUUGACAUAACUCCUGUUGUUGUUCCUUUUCUCAGGUGGGUCUGCGGGACAAAAACACAUAAAUCACUCCUUUGUUUUUUUUGCAGGCAGCUUUAGUGAUCCUCCAUCAGCUCUGUUCUUAAAUAAGAGCUCGUUAUCUUGAGGGGUUUUAGCAACGCGAGGAGCGAGACGCGCUAUAGAUCAGCCUCAGGGUGACAGGAGGUGUGUACAGGACAGCGAAUAUUACACAGAGGAGGAGUGAUGAUGAUGGUUAUGUUGAAGAAGGUCUGGACAGAUUGUAACUAAAUUCGGAAUAUACAGAAGAUAGUAUGCUUAUUUUUUGUACUUUUAAUAACAGCUUUUCAGACUGAGCUUAUGCCCAGGUUCUAGUGGUUCUAAACCCCGGGUUCUAGUGGUUCUAAACCCCGGGUUCUGGUGGUUCUAAACCCCGGGUAGAGGACGGUUUCACAGGUGUAAUAUAGAAGCAGGGUUAUGAAACUCAGCUCUGAAGCAGGAUCAGCGGCUUUUACAGUGUUAACUCCACAUCACGCUGCUGAUGGUCUUCAGUGUGAAACAAUGCUGCCACUUAGAACCUUACGGCUCGUCGCUUAGCAACAGAAACCCAAUCAGAACCUGAACAGCGCAUGAAAACCUCAUAUCAGGUGAAAAGCAGGACGUAGCAACACGGAACAAAAACGGCUCGGUAGAUAGAGUCAGGAGGCAAAACACUGAACAUGACGGAAGCACGCGCCGUAGCGAGGGGGAAAUACGCCACACUGAAACAUUACAGGAAGUCGGAUAUCGAGGAACGAG